AUGGCUCGGGAACUGGCGCUCUACAAGGUGGACAUCGCGGCGCUCAGCGAGACCCGGUUCUCCGAACAAGGCCAACUGGAGGGGGUGGGUGACGGCCACACCCUCUGAAGCGGUCGCCCCAAGGCAGAGCGACGAAACGCUGGCGUCCCCUUUGCUCUCCGGAAGGACACCACGGGACGACUGCCCUGUCUGCCACAGGGCACCAAUGACCUCCUGAUGAAGCUCCGCCUGCCUCUUCAGGGAGGCGAAUUUGCCACCACCGUCAGUGUCUACGCUCCGCCGAUGACCAGCCCUUACGCCGCAAGGAACAAAUUCUACGAGAACCUGCACGCCCUCCUGGCGACUGCGUCGAAGGCGGAUAAGUUGGUUGUCCUUGGCGACUUCAACACCCGCGUCACACAGACCAUGCUACCUGGAGAGGAGUGCUGGGUUCCCAUAGUCUCGAUGGCUCCAAUGACAAUGGCCUGCUUCUCCGCACCUGCGCAGAACACCGGCUCAUCCUGA